AUAAUGGCUCAGAAAAUCCUCGCAACAUUUAUCAUCAUCACCACUCCCAUUUUGGCCGCCACCAGCCCUCGUACAGUUUCAUCUGCGCAGCGGACCCAGCCGCCAGCCCGCCCGCGCUACGUCAUCACGGCACGGCGCGCCGCGCGGGAAGUUGCGUGAGGAGAGAAGACGCCCCUUCCUACUCCCUCGCUUGCUUGCGUGCUCUCGAGUCAUUGUGCUGCACAGCUGGCGCGGGCCUGUGGGGCUCCUAAGAACCGUCUCAGGGUAAAGUCUCCUCAACCAUGACCUCCACCGGUCAGGAUUCCUCCACAGCCAGGCAGCGAAGAAACAGGCAUAACCCACGCUCACCCCCCCACAACUCCGGCACCACCUCGAAGCGAGGUGUCAAGAAGGGUGCUGGAGCCCGCACCAGCCCCAGUCUAGCUGAUGUGAAAAAGAAAGGCAGAAUGAAGAAGCUCAGCCAAGCAGCCGAACAAGACCUAAUCAUCGGGUUACAAGGGCUGGAUCCGAACCUUGAGGCCAAAACACUGUCUGGCACGGGCUUGGUGUUUGAUGAGCAGCUAAAUGAAUUCCACUGCCUCUGGGAUGACAGCUUCCCAGAAGGCCCUGAGCGGCUCCAUGCCAUCAGAGAGCAGCUGAUUCAGGAGGGCCUCUUGGACCGUUGCAUAUCCUUUCAGGCCCGGUUCGCCGAAAAGGAAGAGCUGAUGUUUGUACAUAGUCUAGAAUACAUUGAUCUCAUGGAGACAACCCAGUACAUGAAUGAGGAGGAGCUCCACAUCCUAGCGGACACCUACGACUCAGUUUAUCUGCAUCCGAACUCAUACACCUGUGCCUGCCUGGCCUCAGGCUCUGUCCUUCGGCUGGUGGAUGCAGUCCUAGGGGCCGAGAUCCGAAAUGGCAUGGCCAUUAUCAGGCCUCCUGGACACCUUGCUCAACACAGUCUAAUGGAUGGAUAUUGCAUGUUCAACCACGUGGCCAUAGCUGCCCGCUAUGCUCAACAGAAGCAUGACAUUCAGAGGGUACUCAUUGUGGAUUGGGAUAUACACCAUGGUAAAGGGACACAGUUUACCUUUGACAAGGACCCCAGCGUCCUCUAUUUUUCCAUCCACCGCUAUGAGGAGGGUCGGUUCUGGCCCCAUCUUAGGGCCUCUAACUGGUCCACCACAGGUUUUGGCCAGGGCCAGGGAUAUACUGUCAAUGUGCCUUGGAGUCAGGUGGGGAUGCGAGAUGCUGACUACAUUGCUGCUUUCCUGCACAUCCUGCUGCCGAUCGCCCUUGAGUUCCAGCCCCAGCUGGUCCUGGUGGCUGCUGGAUUUGAUGCCCUCCCAGGGGACCCCAAGGGUGAGAUGGCUGCCACUCCAGCAGGGUUUGCUCAUCUAACCCACCUGCUCAUGGGUCUUGCAGGAGGCAAGCUGAUCCUCUCUCUGGAGGGUGGCUACAACCUCCGCUCCCUGGCUGAGGGUGUCAGCGCCUCACUCCACACCCUUCUGGGAGACCCUUGUCCCAUGCUGGAGUCCCCUGGCGCUCCCUGCCCAAGUGCCCAGGCAUCAUUCUGUUGCACUCUGGAAGCCCUGGAGCCCUUCUGGGAGGUCCUUGUAAGAUCAGCCGAAGCCCUGGAGGAGGAUAAUAUGGAGGGGGACAACAUGGAGGAAGAGGAGGAGGAGGAGGAGGGACCAUGGCAGCCCCCUGAGCUCCCAGUCCUGACAUGGCCAAUGCUGCAGGCUCGCACAGGGCUGGUCUAUGACCAACAGAUGAUGAGUCACUACAACUUAUGGGAAAGCCACCACCCGGAGAUGCCUCAGCGGGUCUCACGCAUCAUGCGACGCUUGGAGGAGCUGGGCCUUGCUGGGCGCUGCCUCACCCUUCGUCCACGUCCUGCUACUGAUGCUGAGCUGCUCACCUGCCACAGUUCUGAGUAUGUGGGUCGCCUACGGGCCACAGAGAAGAUGAAAACCAGGGAGCUGCAUCGUGAAAGCACCAACUUUGACUCCAUCUACAUCUGCCCCAGCACUUUCGCCUGCGCACAGCUGGCCACAGGCGCUGUGUGCCGCCUGGUGGAGGCUGUGCUGGCAGGAGAGAUUUUGAAUGGUGCUGCAGUGGUGCGCCCCCCUGGACACCAUGCUGAGCGGGAUGCCGCUUGUGGUUUCUGCUUUUUCAACUCUGUGGCUGUGGCUGCUCGCUGUGCCCAGGCCAUCAGUGGGCGAGCUCUACGGAUCCUAAUCGUGGACUGGGACGUCCACCAUGGUAAUGGAACUCAACACAUAUUUGAGGAGGAUCCCAGUGUGCUAUACAUUUCCCUGCACCGCUAUGAUCACGGCACCUUCUUUCCCAUGGGGGAUGAGGGUGCCUGCAGCCAAAUGGGCAGGGCUGCAGGCACAGGCUUCACUGUCAACGUGGCCUGGAAUGGGCCCCACAUGGGUGACACCGACUACUUGUCUGCCUGGCAUCGUCUGGUGCUUCCCAUUGCCUAUGAGUUUAAUCCAGAACUGGUGCUGGUCUCAGCUGGCUUUGAUGCUGCACAAGGGGACCCACUCGGGGGCUGUAAUGUGUCACCUGAGGGCUAUGCCCACCUCACCCACCUGUUGAUGGGCCUUGCCAGUGGCCGCAUUAUCCUUAUCCUAGAGGGUGGCUAUAACCUGACAUCCAUCUCGGAGUCCAUGGCUGCCUGCGUCCGCUCCCUCCUUGGGGACCCACCACCCCUGCUGACUCUGCCACGGCCCCCACUUUUGGGGGCCAUGGCUUCAAUUACCAAGACCAUUCAAGUUCAUCGCAGAUACUGGCGCAGCUUGCGGGUCACAAAGGCCAAAGACAGGGAGAGACCAUACAGUUCUAAGUCAGUCACCAAGAAGGCACCCCAAACAGCGAAUUCUGGGUCAGCCAAGGGGAUGACCCCACCAGAAGAAAAUAUUCUGGAUGUAGGCACAGGGAAGGCCACCUCAGCGUCAUGUGUGGAAGAGUCCACUCCAGGCCAGACAAAGUCAGAGACCACUGUGUUGGAGCAUACUCAGAACCAGCCCUUGGAGACAGCCACAGGGGAAGCUACAUUGGACCAGACCGCCUCAGAGGCAGCCAUGGGAGUUGCUGUACUGGACCAGACCACCUCAGAGGCAGCUACAGGGGGAGCCUCACUGGACCAAGCCACCUCAGAGGAGGCUGUGGUUGGAGCCAAGCUAAUCCAAAUCCCUCCAGCUUCAUACACUGACAACCAGACUCCCCCAUCCUCACCUGUGCAAGGAGCCACACCCCAAAUCUCUCUCGAUAAGCUGAUUGGGAAUCUCAGGACCUUGGAAGUAGACAAUGAGCCUCAGGAAGCACCAGAAGAAGAUAGGCUACUAGGAGAGGCAGUUGGAGGUCAGGACAUGGAUGAGUCAGUGCUGAUGCAGAGCUCUGGGGACCAUGUUGAUGCUGACCAGGCCAUGUUUUAUGCUGUGACUCCACUUCCCUGGUGUCCCGAUUUGGUGGCAGUAUGCCCCAUACCUGAAGCUGGCCUGGAUGUGACCCAACCUUGUCAAGACUGUGGAGUACUCCAGGAGAACUGGGUGUGUCUGUCUUGCUAUCAGGUCUAUUGUGGUCGUUACAUCAAUGCCCACAUGGUGCGGCACCACAAAGGCUCAGGACACCCACUGGUCCUCAGCUAUGCUGACCUGUCUGCCUGGUGUUACAACUGUCAGGCUUAUAUACACCACCAGACUCUCCUAGAUGCAAAGAACAUCGCCCACCAGAACAAGUUUGGGCAGCUCAUGCCCCAGUCACACUAAAUCCAAGAACAUGCUCCUCUUCUCCACCUUCUGAGGUCCAAGAUAGACCAGCCUUAGUUCUUUCCAACGUGUACCUUGGAUGAGGGGAAGCCUCACUCCUGCCCAUUCUGGAGACCCUUUACAACUUCCCAAGGGUGCCAAUUUAAGUGUAAAUACUUGGAAGAGGACUGUGAUGACCAGUUGUAGAUCUCUCCCUGCCCACUGCCUACUCAAGAGACUCCAUCUACUCUGCCCCAGAAGGAAAGGGGGGUAGCUUAUGGCUCCAAGAUGGGGCUGAUACCAUGAAGAUGAUAACUUUGGAGGGAGGGAGAUUAACUGGCUGGUAUUGCAGAGUUGCAUAUGCAAUAAAGUACAAACUGUUAACAAAA